CAGGACAAAAUCAUCCGCGGGGAUGGGGACAGGCGGUUCGGUUCCUGUAUGGCGUUUUGUACCAUCAGCCCACCGAUUAUUUCUUAGACCAGGGAAGUAAGUCGACUUAAUUGAUCGAUUGAUUAUUUCCCCUUCCCCUUCUCCUGAACAAUUACCCAAAAUAGGAGGCUGGGCCAGUAACAGUGGAGAACUCGGAUCGCGGCCCAGCCUCCUCUGUUCAAUAACAAUGCGUACGUAUACAAUAGGGCCACAUACUACUUACCAAACCACAAUACGAAAUUUCUUUCCUUGUUAUCCAUCAUAUAUCAAUUGAAAUUUCAAUUGAGUUGAGAGUCUCUUAAUUUCUUCUAUUCUUUUCUUUGUUUGUUCACUUCCUUCUCACUCACUUAUCAUAUCAUCAUCCCUCGUAUCUAUCAAUCCGCUUACACAAACCCACGCCCACACCCGCACCUUUACACAGGGCAUUCCCUGUUUCCCGUGUCCCGUUUCCGCACACAGUAAUAUAUCUGUUGGGCGCCCCCACAAAAACCCCCGUGGGAUAAAUUUAAUAUGAGCAGAAUGUCCCAUCCCACGGCCAUGAACUCACCUUCCAGACCGCGCCCACGACAAGCACAACAAAUACCACGUGACUACGACGACGGACUUCCACCAGCAAUAUAUCAUAACGGAGGCGGCGCGAAGCCUCCAGGCCCAAGUGGUCCUCCGCGAUUUGAUAGUCACGACGAUUUUUACGAUUUUCUGGAUAGCAACCGAGGACCUAUGCCCGGGCCAUCCAGCGCCAACGCAAACGCUAGUGCUACAUUGCAGGCGCCCCCUCCAUCCCAGAUGUCCCAGCAGCAGCAGCAGCAGCGCUUCGGACAGGGUGGUGGUGGCGGUGGUAGCGGAGGACCUAGUCCGACGCAGAGCAGACCGCCACUGACGAAUUCGUUUCCCCCACAAGGAGGGGGGAGCAGUUCCGAUCGUCCGCGGCCCCCAAGUUACUCCGGCAGCAGCCGAUCUGAGGAAAUGCUCGUAGCGGGCGAUCGCAACAGCGUCGACAAUUCGCGAGUCCAGCGCCAAAAUGGGCGUCGAGGCGGCCCUAGCAAACCUGUAUCAGGCCCGCGCCCACCAACCAGCAGUUCCGGAGGUUCCUCUCCGCCACGCACUUCAUCAGGCUACGCCAUGAACCACCCACAAAUACAACAAGCGCAGGCGCAAGCGCAAGCACAAUCCAAAUCACUAAAUGCAGACCCCGGCCUCUCGGUGCCUGGCGCAAGCCUCGGCGCCUCCAUCCAGCGGCUCAAAAGCCCAAGUGUGAUGGAUUGCGUGCUGCAGCCUCUUGACCAAAAAGUGCGCGAGUACAAUGAAUUAAUGUCACGAGAGCAAGAUGAGAUGGACCGACUCGAUGCAGAACUUCGCGCGCUACAGGAACGCCGCGCAGAUGCUGAGACACGCUACCUUGAUGCUAAAGGCAAGCACGAUGACUACAGGCGCCAAUAUGUCGAUGUAGAGCGUGCACUACGUGGCGAGGGGUCUUUACCUCCUCCCACGCCCCGCGAGCAGCAGCAGCCCCCACCACCACAGAAUGUGCCGCUUGCACGACAGCAGACACGGCCUAUGAGUCUGCAGGAUGACGAUGACUUCGACGAUGAUGAUGAUUUGAUGCCCCCGCCAUCGGCGCACAGGCGCAUCAAUUCCCAGCAAUCAUUUGGGCGAUCUUCACAAAAAGGAGGAUCGGGACGCUUCCGGUUCAGCCUAUUUGGGGGCAAGUAGACGAAUCAACGACUCCCGAUAUGAAGCUCGAUGCAUGAGGGACGACAGGACUCAACUAGGAAGGGGAGGAGAAAUACGACCGUAAUAGGGUGGAUUGGACUAACGACUUAUGCUAACGUUUUUUGCGCUUCUUCGUCGCUAUGUAAUGAUAGGGUAAUGAUGGCAAUUAGAACCAGUAGAUGGACGGCAUGGAAAACGGAGUCAA